AUGCAUUUUUGUUUAUUUUUUCGUUUAGCAGUGAUUUUAAGUAGUUUUAAACUAAUAUCAUGCUUAAUAGAAGAAAACAUACCGUAUAAUGAAAAUUUACCCAGAAAACCUUUAAAAGUUAUAACUACAGAAAAAUGUGGCAUCAGGGGUGGAGCAUACCAAAAUAGAAUUGUGGGGGGCAUGGACGCAGAAAAAAACGAAUUUCCAUGGCAAAUUUCCUUACAGUAUUACAAACAUAAUGAUUUGCAUCAUUUUUGCGGUGGUGCCAUAUUAAAUGAGGAAUGGUUUGUAACUGCUGCCCAUUGUUUUGAAAAUAUGCCCCUUGAUUUGGUUACAGUUUUGGCUGGGGCCCAUAAUUUUUGGAAAGCAAAAGAUAAUGAGCAACACAGAAACAUAUCCAGGAUAGUUUCAAACAAUUUUGAUCUCCCUACGUUCUACAAUGACAUAACAUUGGUUAAAGUAUACCCUCCAUUUGAUUUUAGUUUAGCCACGGUAACUGGUUGGGGAAGAGUCUUUGAAUCUGGUCAUUUAGCUUCAAUAUUACAAAAAGUUGAUCUUCCGAUUAUAAACAGAGAUUCAUGCGAGAAAAAAUACAGUAUAUUAGGCUUUUCAAGGUAUUUUAACGAGUGCCAAAUGUGUACUGAAUAUCCUGAAGGAACCAAGGAUGCUUGCCAAGGUGAUUCAGGCGGUCCCCUGAUUUGUAAAGGUUCUGGAGAUAAAUUUUAUUUAUGCGGAAUUGUCAGUUGGGGCAUAGGUUGUGCUAGGAAUAACCACCCAGGAGUGUACACACUGGUAAGUGGUUUCUAG